AUGCAUGCGAAUGACAUGACGGAGCAUUCUCCCCUGCAAACGAGAGACUGCCGGUUUCUGUCAGAGGGUAGUCUGAAUCAAUCGGUCAUACACUCUGUCUUCGACGCCUCUACUCCAGAAAGAGGUCACCAGGCAUCCUUCGCAAGUGCUGCCAACUUCAACGGCAACAGCACCGUCAACCCUCCUGUGGACCCUUCUACCUUCAACUCGACGCACUAG